AUGGUCUCCUUCAAGUUCCUUCUCGUUGCUGCUUCGGCAAUCACUGGGGCUCUUGCUCGCCCCUUUGACUUCCUCGAUGAGCGUGACGACAACUCCACCUCUGUUCUCGAGGCCCGUCAGGUCACUGGAAACAGCGAGGGCUACCAUAACGGCUACUUCUACUCUUGGUGGAGCGAUGGUGGCGGUUACGCUCAGUACAAGAUGGGUGAGGGCAGCCAGUACUCGGUUGAUUGGCGAAACACCGGUAACUUUGUCGGUGGUAAGGGAUGGAACCCUGGUACUGGCCGCACCAUUAACUACGGAGGUAACUUCAGCCCUCAGGGUAAUGGCUACCUUGCUGUCUAUGGCUGGACUCGUGGCCCCCUCGUCGAGUACUACGUCAUUGAGAACUUCGGAUCCUACAACCCCGCAAGCGGUGCUCAGCUCAAGGGAACCGUUUACACUGAUGGAGAUACCUACGACCUAUACCAGUCCACCCGGUACCAGCAGCCUUCCAUCGACGGUGUUCAAACCUUCAACCAGUACUGGUCCAUCCGCCGUAACAAGCGCGUUGGCGGCUCCGUCAACAUGCAGAACCACUUCAACGCUUGGGCCCAGGCCGGCAUGCGCCUUGGUAACCACUACUACCAGAUUGUGGCUACGGAGGGUUACCAGAGCAGUGGCUCUUCCAACAUCUAUGUCCAGACUCAGUAA